UCCCUUUUUAAAGAACCUGAGGUCACAGAAAGCGACGAGGAACGACAAAGCCGACGAGCUUUCGAGUCGACGCCUGUGAGAGGGAGAGAAGACGACGUCGAUCCGAGUACACCCUCCUCCUCCUCCUCAAAUCCUAUCCCCACACCCUGACUAUCCCCACCCCGAUUCCUUCCCCGAGGAGAGUAAUGGCGGUCGCUUGCCAGGACGCCAUCAAGCAGUUCUCCGCCCUCUUGGACAAAGUGGAUGAGCAGCUGAAGGCCACAUUUCAGAAUAUGCACCAGGGAUAUCCAACAGCAACCAUGAUGCGCUAUCUUAAAGCUAGAGACUGGUGUGUUCCCAAAGCAUACAAGAUGCUGGUGGAUUGCUUAAAUUGGAGGAUACAAAACCACAUUGAUGAUAUCUUGAAAAAACCAAUAAUUCCAGCAGAUUUAUAUAGAGCAGUCCGUGAUUCGCAACUUGUAGGAUUAUCAGGAUACUCUAAGGAGGGCCUUCCUGUUUUUGCAAUAGGUGUUGGACUCAGCACAUUAGACAAAGCAUCGGUGAAUCAAUAUGUGCAGUCACACAUUCAAAUUAAUGAGUAUCGAGAUCGUGUGAUAUUGCCUAAUGCAACAAAGAAGUACGGGCGGCAUAUUGGAAAAUGUGUGAAAGUCUUGGAUAUGACUGGUCUGAAGCUUUCAGCAUUGAGCCAUAUCAAGUUAAUGACCAUCAUAACAACUAUUGAUGACCUAAACUAUCCGGAGAAGACACAAACGUAUUAUGUAGUUAACGCUCCAUAUGUAUUCUCAGCAUGUUGGAAGGUUGUGAAGCCUCUUUUACAAGAAAGGACAAGAAGGAAAAUACAAAUACUGCAAGGUUGUGGCAGAGAUGAGUUGUUGAAGAUAAUGGAUUAUGAUUCUCUUCCCCACUUCUGCCGAAGAGAAAGGAAUGGGUCAUCUCGGAUUUCGUCUGCUGGAGCUGAUGACUGCUACUCCUUGGACCAUCCUUUCCACCAACAGCUCUACAACUACAUCAAGCAACAAGCAUUAAUCCAGGAAUAUGCCACACUCCGGAAGCAAGGACGCUUCAACAUAGAAGUGCCUAUAGCUGACACUGAGGGAACAAAAGUGGUCAAGAAAUUAGAAUCUGAACUCCAUAAGGUCAGGGAUCACAGUGGUCUCACUCACCCACUGAAUUGUCUUCAUAUCAGUGGUGCCUAAAGAUGCCACUGGUCUAGGCAACUACUUCAAGCUGCACUGCAGUUUUGUCCUGCUUUUGUAUUGCAGCAGGUCAUCCAAUGCAGCAAAUAUGUGGCUUCAACAAAAUGUGUUUUUUUUUUCCUUAAAAAGAGUAUUUAAGGUUACAGUAGCAAGUCCUUGCAAUUGUGGUGCAAGAUUUGAGGAAGUUGAAGCGGGCAAAAGCCUUCUCCUUUAAUCCAGUGGGAUAGGACGAAGGGUUGAACUCAUCUGAUUCUAUUCUCAUAAAGCAGCAUCAAGAUCUUUGAGUAUCAAAGGAUGAUACACUGUAUAUGUGGAAUCUAUUUGCAUUCCAAAUAAAGCAAAUUGUUCCAAUGAGAUGAAAAGUAGACAAUUAUCAUCUCAUGUGUCGCAUAUGUAUUUCUGAACAGAACUUUCACCUAUGUAUGAUUUAUUUCUCCCAGAUCUACCAAAUCCCUGGUGAUCCUGCUGCUUUCAGA